AUGAUGUUCUCCGAUCCUCACCGAAACCCAAAUUCCCUUCACGAAACUGCAAAUCUCAAUGGAAAUGCUGCUGGUGUUUGUAUAAUGAGCAACGCAUGGAAAGAUGAACAAGACGCUUCACUGAUCAGUUUCAUAUCUGCGUUUCUUAGCUCAAACUCUUUCCGGCUUAACUUUGUCUCGAUUUCCCCUGAUCUCAUCUUCAAUUGUGGAGGUGUGUCUAUUGCUUUUGUUUUUGUGACAAAAUGGGACUGUUUCAAUGUUGCCUCCGUCUUCAGCAGAGUAAAGAGGCUGAAAGGGCAAUUUGCGUGGCUUUACGUUGUUGCCACACUUUCAACUAAAGAGCAGAAUGAUUCAUUCAUGAGAUCUUACUUCCAAUAUGAGAUGGAGUUUGGGAAACCUUCAUUUGUACUAGUCACUGAUGCUGAGAUGGGAUUCGAGAAGAUUGUUAAGAUUGCUCACUCUCGCGGGGUGUGCAAGCAACAGAAGGUAGCGUCUAAACUCAAGGUUGAGAGAAAGCGAACUGUGCUGGAUACAAACAUUUUCAUCAGAGUUGUCACAUCCAUUCCCAACAUAAAUAAACAUGAUGCAAACACGCUAUACCAAGCUAUUGGCUCAAUUGAAGCAAUUGCUAAAACAUCCAAAGGAGACAUUUUAGCAAACACAGAUCUCUCUUCUGAAAAGGCUGAGACUCUCACUAGGUUUUCCCAAGAUCCUGAGUUCUACCUUAGUCCCAAAUUCAACUGA